CAAUAACCUGCACUGAUAGUGAUGCAAAUAGGAACGCUCAUCCCUACGCAUGCUACUGUUUUUCCCCGGUCGACAAUGCACACAACGUCGUUAUGAAGCUUGUGAGACCUCUCGACAAUGGCAGAAAGUGUCUGCCGGUUGGCGGCUUCGUGCCUCUUUUUCCUGCUGGGGAUGGUAUUUUUCGGAAUUCCCGUCCAAGCGUAUGCAACACUAUCUGACGAGACGUUAAAAUCCCUUCCACGUCCCAACAAUGAUUUCAACAUCCGCGACGGCGCGCUACUAGCUCCCAUCCUGCAACCACGUGUCCCCGGCACGCUAGGUUCCCUACAAGUUCUCCAACACUUUGUUAAUUUCUUUAGAACUACAUUACCUGAGUGGACGAUAGAGUUCCAAAAUUCGACGUCGAAAACACCAGUAACUGGAAACAAGGAGAUUCCCUUUGUCAACUUGAUCGCCUUUCGGGAUCCUCCAUGGUCAGGUGUUGGAGAUACAGGCAGGUUCACUCUGGCGGCACACUAUGAUAGCAAACGAGAGCCUCCUGGCUUUAUCGGCGCUACAGACAGCGCUGCUCCAUGCGCAAUUAUCAUGCAUUCCAUACGAAGUAUUGACGCGGCCUUGACUAAAAAGUGGGAUGCUAUGAAAGCCGAAUCCUCCCACGACUCAUUUUUCGAUCACCAAGGCAUCCAAGUUUUUCUAUUAGAUGGCGAAGAAGCUUUCCACUCUUGGACCGACAUAGAUUCCCUUUACGGCUCUCGAGCAUUGGCCCAGGCCAUGGAAGAUACCUUUUACCCGGCUACCUCUGUCUACAAAUCCCCACUAUCGGCCAUCUCACUUUUUGUCCUGCUGGAUCUAUUGGGCGAAAAGGACCCACAGAUCCCGUCUCAUUUCAAAACAACUCACUGGGCAUAUCAAAAUAUGGCUACUCUGGAAACCCGGUUGCGCCAACUUGGCUUGUUCAAGUCAGCGCCGUCAUGGAAGAAAGGCGACAAGCUGUGGCUCCCCGAUUCGGAGAAGGAGAUAUUUUUCCCUAGCGGAAUUGCCGAUGACCACAUCCCAUUUAUGAGGCGUGGGGUUGAGAUCUUGCAUUUGAUCGCCUCCCCUUUCCCUAAGACAUGGCAUAAAAUUACAGACGAUGCGGAGCAUUUGGAUCUCAAUACGGUUGAGGACUGGAGUACAUUGCUUACGGCUUUCAUAGCUGAAUGGUUAGAGUUGGAAGGUGUGCUUCCAAAAUAUGAAGGGUCAGUAGACGAGCCUAAUAGCAGAAAAACUGAGCUUUAAGACAUUCCCAUUCUUGGAACUUUUCCUUCUCUCCGUUUGCCCUUAGUUGGAAUGUGUAUAUAUUGUGUCCAUUUCAUUUUAAGGAUUUAUUAUAUCCUCUUGCUUGUGACGUGUUCGGAUACUUCGUUUCCAAUUUCCCAUACAAGGCGUGACAUAUGCUAUGUUUUUUUAAGAACCGAAAUGAUUUACAUCUCCAUGGAGAUCGACUGCCGCGGCGAUCGCGGCCCACCAAGUUCGCCAUUUCACUGUGUGUACGGUAGUGUGGAACAAAAGUCCAUAUAAAAGGUACAUCCGUUUCAUACCGGCUGGCAGAGCCCUGGAAGAUUUGAGGUUAGUUCAAGGGUCUGAUGCCUAGCGCUGGCUAGAAGUUACGUGCUAAGUCUCCGCAACGUCUGCCAUGGUGAGUUAGAAUUAUUCAAAAGGCUGUAUUGAGAUUUUUCAAUUUAUAUUCCAAGUACAUCCAAUGGCCUUUGCUCCACACUUCCGUGUUUUAUCUCAGCAAGGCGCAGUUGCACCACACAUAUCCCAGAAUUGCUCUUUUCAUAGACAUGGCAGAAACACAUUCAUGCAUCUGGUGAUGAAUAUGCAAAUGUAUAUAGAUAUAGAGACAUAUAUAACUUACGUAUACACAAUAUUAAAAGGGAUAGGGAAAAAAGAAAAGAAAAGACUCGAGUAUCUU